GGGCAGGCGAGCCUGAGCGCCGCGCACCAGGAAGUGACUCGCCCCUGUGACCUCCCGCCCCAAGCGCCAUCCGCUCGCCUUUUGGUUUGCCACUGCACGGCCAUCGGAGGCUUUAGUGGCUCCGAAGGAAGGAGUGGUGGAUGAAAGAGAUGUCAGAGGAAUGACUGACCUGCUAGAAGCGAUCUAGCUAGCAUCAAGAGAUGAGUCCUAAUGGCCAACCCAAGAUUACUCCUUUCCAGGGUGGGUUUCUUCUCCAACCCAGGACUUGGUUGGUGUACUGCAAAACGAACAGAUUUGUCACAGUCCUUUUUGGGCAGAGCACAUGAGGGAAAUUUCACUGGUGUGAUAGUUAAAAAGCAUCCAAACCAACAAAAAUACCAGAGGAAACAAAAGCAUUUUAGAUCACUACAUGACUCCUGGCAAGAGAGGCUGGCAGAUGUUGUGACUCCACUCUGGAGGCUGAGCUAUGAAGAACAGCUCAAGGUGAAAUUUGAAGCUCAAAAGAAAAUUUUACGAAAACUGGAGUCUUACCUACAAGUGCUCCAUGGAGUUAGUGGAACAGCAGUCACACUCCAUUCGGAGGGGCUGCACUGUCACCUCCAUCCUAUUAUACCUUCUCCUAUGGUUGAUGGCUACCGAAAUAAGUCCACCUUCUCUGUGAACCGGGGCCCAGACGGCAAUCCAAAGACUGUGGGGUACUACCUAGGAACUUGGAGAGAUGGGAAUAUCAUCUGUGUACCAUGUAGCCAUCUGAAAAACAUCCCAGAGAAACACAGUCAAGUGGCUCAGUACUAUGAAGUAUUCCUUCGACAGUCUUCAGUGGAGCCCUGUCUUCUGUUUCAUGAAGGUGGACACUGGCGUGAGCUUACAGUUCGAACUAAUAGCCAAGGACACGUGAUGGCUAUCAUCACUUUUCAUCCUCAGGGGUUAAGUCAGGAGGAACUGUGUGCUCAGAAGGUGACCUUGAAGGACUUUUUCACUCAAGGCCCCGGAGCAGUCUGUGAAUUGACCUCACUCUAUUUCCAGGAAAGUACCAUGACCCGUUGCAGCCAUCAGCAGUCCCCCUACCAACUCCUGUUUGGGGAACCACACAUCUUUGAAGAUCUUCUGGGUUUGAAGAUCCGCAUCUCUCCAGAUGCCUUCUUCCAGAUUAAUACCGCUGGCGCAGAAUUGCUCUAUCAGACCAUUGGGGAGCUGAGUGGAGUGAACUCCAAUACCAUCCUCCUUGACAUUUGCUGUGGAACGGGUGUGAUUGGCCUUUCUCUGGCUCAGCGUGCAUCCCAGGUCCUUGGCAUUGAGCUGGUAGAGCAGGCAGUAGAAGAUGCCAGGUGGACUGCAGCCUUCAAUGGUGUCACUAACUGUGAGUUUCAUGCUGGUAGAGCAGAGAAGAUUUUGCCACAGUUGUUAAGGCUGCAGAAAGAUGAGAUGUUAACUGUUGCUGUGGUGAAUCCGGCCCGUGCUGGACUGCAUUACCAAGUGGUGCAGGCCAUUCGGAACUGCAGGGCCAUCCACACUCUAGUUUUUGUUUCCUGCAAGCCCCAUGGUGAAAGCAUGCGGAACUUUAUUGAGUUGUGUUGUCCUCCAAACUCUGCUAAGAAGCUCCUCGGUGAACCAUUUGUCCUGAGACAAGCUGUACCUGUGGAUUUGUUUCCCCACACCCCACACUGUGAGCUGGUACUCCUCUUCACUCGAUAGCAGUAGGAGACAACAGGCUGCAAAGGCUGAAGUUUCAGAGACAUCCGGGUCUGGCAUGUUGCUGCAUUGGAGACCAUGGAUGUAUAUCACCAGGGUAACCAGUGUUUGAAUCUUCAGCAAGAAGAAUAUAGCUGGCCUCCUUGGAGGCAGAUUGAACUGUACCUUGUCAUAUCCCUUUGGGAUUAUCCAUAUUUGGUUAGAUUUGAACACUCCUAACUCCUUGAACGUUUUACAAAGCAGAAGGGUUAGGGAGAUGGCUAAGUGAAUAAAGUGCUUAUCGGACAUGCACAAGUAACUGAGUUUCAAACUCCAGCAUUCACAUAUAAGUAACAGGUCAUAGUGGACAAGGCUGUUCUUCCAGUGCUAGGAAGUGGAGACAGGGGGAUCUUGAGGGUUUCCCUGACUAGCCAAUCUAGUUAAGUGAGUUCCAGGUUCAGUGAGAGACCAUAUUUCCAAAGAAAGAGAGUUGGGAAAUUAUAUCAAUCUCUGGCCUCUACAGAGUGUAAUUGCAGACACAUGUGUACAUACAGACACACACCACACAAAGCAGACAAAGUUAUGUAGUAAUUGCAGGGUACUUAGGUUUUUUAGACUUUGACACUUCUAGAAUGUCCUUUGAUAAUGUGGUUAUGUCUAGGGAAGGAGAAAUGGCUCAGCAUUCACAAGCACAUACUUCUCUUAUAGAAGACCUAAGUUUGAUUCCUGGUAUUCAUGUCAGGCUGCUCAUAACUGCUUGUAACUAGAUCCAGGGGAUUUGAUGCCUUCUUCUGACCUCCAUGGACACUGUACUCAUAUGCACAAACCUACAUUCACCCACAUGCA